AUGCAGAACAUACAAGCUCGGGUUCGCAUGGUGAGCGCUUAUCUUUUGGCCCAGUUGGCUCUUUAUUUUGGUCAAAAACCAGGGUCGUUGCUGGUGCUUGGAUCAAGUAAUGUUGAUGAGGUUUGCACUGCUCUUUUCAGUUUGGUGGGCUACAUGACGAAGUACGAUUGCUCUUCGGCGGAUUUUAAUCCAAUUGGUUCACUAAAUAAAACAGAUCUGAGGGAUAUGUUAAAAUACGCCAGAAACAGCAUGGGUUUUUCAUCUCUGUCACAAAUAAUCGAUGCACCGUCAACAGCUGAAUUGUUGCCUCGCGGGGCAGGAAGUAAGCCACAGCUCGAUGAGGUUCUAAUUUUGUUAUCAUACGGUUACGUUGAAAUAGGAUUGACAUACGAAGAAUUAGCCGAAAUUGGGCUACUGCGUAAGCCAGGCUGUUUCGGACCGUACAGUACUUUUUUGGAAUUGCGAACUCAAUGGCGGCAUAAGCCUGUGGAAGAGGUAGUUCAUUAUUCGAUAAAAAAAUCCAGUUUUCGAGCAUCAGAAUCGUAA